ACUCACCUAAAACAAUGAUAUCUACUAGAUUGGCUCUAUUUACGAGCCAUUAACAGAACAGUGGACACCAAAUAUUAGCUUUGGCUAAUAGUGAGACUUGUUAGCAUGCAGUAGUUAGCUUUGACGCAUGCAAAAAUUUCAAACAGAAGCAAAAAGUCUGACCACUUGUCUUCUUUUUCAAUCUUUGUAUAUCACACUAAGAAUUCAUCCCUCAGAUAAAACAAAAACAGCUUUAUUUACCAUUUAUUUGUUUAGACAAAAACUGUAACAGGAAGAUUUUUCUUAAAUUGAUAAAGAUCUCAAUCAGGGCCAUGUCUUGUAAUGAGUAACCAAUAUUGAUUAGGCUAUUUGACAGUUCACUGGAUUUCUAAAGAACUCAUUAAUUUACAGAAUAAAAUGGUCAGAAAAGGCUAACUAUGGUUUAUUAAUGUGGAAAUGAUUAACUAUUGUAGUCCAUGUUUAGUGUCAGGACGAGACAAAAUGUCCUUAGCUGGUUUGACACUUAUUAUUUAUGACACCUAAUUUACCACCAUAAUCGCUCCUCAACGCCAGAAAAAUCCGAAAUAUAGUGGUAGUUCCAGUAAUAAUCCAGGCAGAGUAUUUGACGGUUUGUUGUCUUUCUGUCUUGUUUUGUAUGUGGUUUAUAUAUUUGGUGUCAUAAAUGCACAGGAAAUUUUUGAAAAUAAAACACGCUGCCAACCAUUUUCUCACACAACAGCUGGUUAGUAAGUAGUUUCAGUUUUGACUACAGUUUACCAGGGUUUGAAAUGUGUUGAAUUUUUGCAUGAAACUAUUAUCUAUUUGUGCAUAUUUUUCUUCUUGUACUUGACUGCUGUGCUAUAUACACCUCCAUUAGUUAUGUAAUGCUGUGACAGCUUAAAACCAUCUUUUUUCUGAUAUAGAUAUCUCUCUAGUUUAAGUGUUUUAUUAGUUAAUUAUGGAACAUUUUUAAUGACCUAUGUAGCUUUAGCAGACAAUUAAGUUGUACUUAUAGGAGCUGAUUGACAAGAAACAUGACACCUACUUACGGCUUAACCAAUCUCAAAAGUUCAUAAUUAUGUUUUGUCAUAUUUUAUCUCACUGUUUUUAAUUUCUGUUUAAUCUCCCUCAAUUUUAUGCCACUGGAUGACUGACUAGCACAUUGUAAGGUGUGAACAGAGAUUAAACAUGUUAGACGGUGCCCAGUUUGUGGAGGCUCUGGGCCGUCUGGGUUUUCCUGGUGCAUCUUCACUGAAGGCCUCGGAGUUUGAUUGGCUGUUUGAUUGUGCUCCGGAGAACCUACACUUCUUGCGCUUUGUCUGUCGAACCCUCAACCGGAGCAAUGUCCUCACCACAGAGGAGGCCCUUGCGUUUCAGGAACUUAAGAAGUCUGGGAAACCAAUUCUGGAUGAAGCAGCCUUGGGUGAGGUCCUCAAAACCCUUGGACCUUCAGAUGGGAGCAGUGGAAACAUUUUGGAAUCCUUUUCUUCUUCAUCCUGUGUGUUUGCAUCAGAGGGGGAUUUGGCCUUAGAGGAUUUGGAGACAGAGCUGCAGGCACUGUGCAAAGAAAAAGAACUGAAGCAACAGCGCUACAACAAGUUGCAGGUUGUGGCCACAUCUCGUGCAGAUGUUGAUCUAAAGCUGACUGUUGAGCUAGACAGUGCUGCAUUUAAGCUAAAAGAAGCAAAUGCUUCUGUUGGAGCUGAGAAUGCUGACACCAACACAAUGCUUCAAAACCUAACUGAUGAGGUGCGUAAGCUUGAGUCAUAUCUUCCCCAGCCAGAAGUUAAGCAAAAAGGAGACCCUGUAGUUCAGUCAAAAGCCUCUACUUCCCAGAGGUCCAAUGUCCUCCUCUCUCAGCUGUCCUUGGAUCCCUAUCUGCAUCAGGAGGAGCUCAACACUAAAACACUUGCAACUUUCACACAAAAGCAUUUUUUCCAGGGCAUUUCAGGCAUUGUUGAAACAUCCUGCUCUGAGCAUUUCCAGGUUCUUGACCUCAGUUCUUGUGAAGAUGAAGAGUUGAAAAAGAAUGAGCAUGAGGGUAGAGAAAGGGAGGACUGUGUAAUUGAGCGUAGGAGGACAGAGAUGGCUAGACUUCAGUGGUCACACAUUGUGGCUCAGCAUCAACUGAUGCAGGCAAUGGCAGAAGAGAAAAGUGUUGAGGCUGCACUGGACUGGCUCUCAGAAAAGGCUUGUCAUACUAAGAGCAUUUCCACUUCCUCCUCACUGCAUGUUCGUGAAGUUGUGUCCAAAAAGGAGUUGCAGGCUGUUGAGGCUGAGCUGGAAGCCCUGCUUCAUGGACCAGUACCUGCAGCUCUCAGGGAGUCAGCCAGGCUCCUUAAUGUUCCAGUAGUGAGGGGAGACUUGGCUCUGCAAGUGGCCAGGCAAGACUACUACACUUCCAUACAGGACCAGGUACGCGACUACUUACUCCGUCAGAAAGCAUCCUUUGACCUGGUCCUUCUGGCUCAGGAGAUGGAGUUGAGGAGAUGGAAAACGUGUCAGAAGCAGCUGAGAGAAGUUGCUUGCAGACUGGUGAAGGAAGGUGAAGCGGCAACUAUAAGAACUGCGUCUUUGGCACACCCAGACCUAGCAAUCAACCCGAGGCCCAACCCCAUCAUCAGCUCCAAGGAUGCUGCAUUCAGCAGACUGCUCCACAUCCUUGACCAUGAUUCUGAUCAUGGUAGAUCAGAGCCUUUUCGAACAUUUGAGGCACUGGAUCAGGCUGCCCGCGAUCUGGCAAACAACCUCCAGUCCACCCGGGAUUCGCUAGCUGUUGCCUCCCGUGAGCAGCGCUACACUGCAGCACGUCUUUAUGGUGACUGUGAAGCACUCCACAGGGCCAUGUACACAGAGCUCCAGCAGCUGGUCUUAGGGCCGCAGGUAUGUCCAACGGCCAUUACUGACCAGGAGCUCCUUUGCCCCAAUGCACAGGAGCUGACGCUGAAGCUCGUAGAGGUAGAGUCUCAGCUGCAGAAUCUGCAACAAACAAUGCAAGAAAUUCUUGGAGAAGUCAAAGCCAAGCUCUCUCAACUAGAGCGUAAUGCUCUUCUAAGGCGGGAGAGGGAAUUAUAUGUCUACUUCCACUUGGAUGCCCGGCUGCUGCAGAAAAUGGUGGAAGAUCUGGAAGGCAAAAUGGCCAAGAGGGGGCAGCAGUAAAUCCUGGCAGACACGAAGAGCUCUUGCCAGAACUGCCUCAGCGUCCGAUCUCUUUCUGAUGAGUCUUCCGAAGAUGAGAAGUGUGAACCAACCUUGUUUGGGGAAGGAGAUGGACAACGAUAAACUUAAAAAUGAGCUGUGGUGUUUUUUGAUGAUUUAGAUGAAUUUAUGUAUAUAUUUCAUAUAAACCACCGUAUACCUUGUUUUGUCUCCUGAUGCUCUAAAAUAUCUUGUUUCCUUAUUGUUUUUGUCAUUUGGUAAAUAAAGUAAAAUUCAGUCUUUAUAAUUGAAUGUGUUUUUCUUU